AUGGGUGCUGCAACUUCCUCCUCCCCAUUCCACACUCUCACCAGAUUCUUCUGCAUCUUCACCACCACCCUUACUCUUCUCACUCCUUUCAUCCACGGCGACGACACCGUCGCCACAUCAUCACGGCCCAACGUCUCCACAACCGAGCCCUUCAAGUAUAGCACGGGAGUCAUCAUCGGCGCGUUGGUCACCACCUCCUCCAUCACCUUGCUCUUCUUCCUCUACAUUAAGCAUUGCGCCGAUGCCAGAACCUUCGCCGCGACCGCCGCCAACUCUCAGCCCUCGCAUGUGAGAAAAAACUCCGGCGUCGACCAUGCCCUUCUGGAUUCGUUACCGGUUUUUCAGUUUGGGUCGCUGAAGGGGCAGGGCGUUAUCGACUGCGCCGUUUGUCUCGCCGUGUUCGAGGACUCCGAGGCUCUGAGGUUGUUGCCCAAGUGCAGGCAUGCGUUCCACGUGGAGUGCGUGGACGCGUGGCUCCACGCGCAUUCCACGUGCCCGCUCUGUCGCUAUAAGGUUGAACCCGACGAGGUCGUUGUUCUCGUGGAGGAAGACGCGAAGAAGGCGAAAUCUGCGGAGGGAGAAUCGAGCCAAAACGACGCCGCGUUGCGAGGGGAGAACGAGAACGCUGGAACGGCGUCGUUGGACACAGCGGAACGCGGCUUGGGGCGCCGUUUUGUUGGGGUCCAGCAGCGGUUGAGCGAUUUUGAGGCGCGUGAUGCGUUGCGUUUGACUUCGGAAACGGCCACGUGGGAGGCACGUGGAGAGAGAGGAAGAAGGAGUCAUAGUUGUGGUAAUUCUGUUGGUGAGGUCAUGGAAAAUGAUAUGAUGAAUUUGAGAGGAAGGAGGAGUUUUCAUGGUUUGCUACAAUUUUGUUAG